AUGACGCUGGCUUUGGAACAAGCGGGAUCGCUCUUCACCGGCUGGUUUCGGUCAUGCGUCUCAUGUUUAUCGCCGCAUGAAGAGGUGCAUGAGGGACAGAGGGGUCGAGAGACGAAGGAAAGAGGCGUCGAACGGGAGAUGCAAGUAUGCCAUACCCAACCGCAUCUGGUUCCUCCCAUGAAACUGGUCGUGUACGAUGAUCUCCCCAGUCCCGGUGGUUAUUAUCAUCGCCAGCAGAGUUCACUAUCAUCAUGGGUAGUUGAGGGGAGAAAUCUCGCGUCACGGGCUUCAACCCGUGCAAGUAUGUCCUGGAAGAGACAAUCAACUGGAACUCCCUUGAAGAUUGGCGCACCCUCCGAUUUUCGUCGAGUCGACUCCUUCCAUCUCGACUCGAUGCCGGCAUUGCCAAAGCAGUACCGGCCCCUGGAAUUAAGCAUUCACCGAUCUGGUCAUCGGUUAUCAGACUUGCCCUCGUUCGAGGAGUUCCAGCUAGAGGACAAUCAUCAACGCCAGACUAUAGCGGCCCCUCCACGAGCCUUCACUCCACCUGGUAUGCGAGCCCGACGCUGUCAAUCUAGUCAUGCUGCAGUAUCCGUAUCUCGAAAACCAGUCGGCUCGGGAGACCAUCUAUCAUCUGUAUACGUUGAGCAUCCCAUCGAAGCCCCCAAGCCAGUCCGCAUUGCGAGCACCUUGAUCCCCCAUUUCUCUCUCGUCAACCCCAUUGAGACAACUAUCCACGAGGAAGAUCUCAACAUGCCAUUCUUCGACGAGUCCAGCUGGGAAUCAAACCCGCUCUCACUAAAAACCUCAACCCCAAACCACGCCGAGUCUCAAACUAUCUCGUCAGAAUUCCCCAUCAACCGCAAGUUCACGAACAAUGCCAUCCCGCCUCUCCUCUCUCCGCCGUCCUCGACAGCCGAAAACCGCAAGACCAUCGCCGCAGUGCCCUUACCCGCACUCCCCAGUCGAAUGUCGCAGUGGUUCUUCCCCGGCAGCAAAGCAUCCGAAUCCGGAUCCCCAUCCAAGCCAGCAGUCUCCCUCGCCGGCGAAAAUGGAUUCGCCUGGGAACGCACCCGGACUCUCAGCGGUACAACUGUCGGUUCAACGGUCACGACUAUCACCGGCGGCGCGAAUACCCGACGACCGAAUUUCUCUAUCUCGAGUUCUUUCACUGCCUCGACAACGCCCAGGGCGUCGAUUUCAGGAACUACCCCAACCCCGGGUACAGAGAAGGAUAUUGAUGCGGGCUUUUAUCACCCUACUAUCUUUGAGGGUCAUUCGCAGCAUCAUCUUUCGCAGACUGGUUCUCGGGCUGAGGAUUUCCCGAGAUAUGAUGGGACCAAUGUUGGACUGGCCUUUUAG